AUGUCUGCUGAAAAUCUUACUCACACCAAAGGACGCUGGACAAAGUCAGAGCACGAAAGGUAUAAGCUUGCUAUGGCUCAAAAUUAUGGGUCCUGAGCUGAAGUCGCUGAGUUUGUAGGGACAAGGUCCGCCAAUCAAUGCAGAUCCCAUCAUCAAAAGGUCAACGCAAAAAGUUUUGUGCCGAAAAAGCCUAGGAAAAAGAACCUUAAGAAAGAAAUUGCAGUGCAAUGCUGCGUCGAUUUGAGUAUUUUUGAUGAGUUCAUUGAGAAUACAGAAAUUAAUCUAAGCCAAGAUACAGGGAUUUUUGAAGAAAUUGGGCAAGAUUCAGAUACAAGUAACACAGAAAGUGCUGAAAAAAGCGAGUUUUUAAUAAGUAUCGACGAUUGGGAUCACCAUCUUGAAAGUGGUUGAUUGGGGCUUUUUGCUGAAUUUAUAGGGAAAUUAAUAAAAAUUUUUUGUCAUGAGACAUUUGCUUAUAAGAGCCCGUCAAAUGCAAAAAACAUCAAUUAAAUAUCUCCAAGGAAAUGGCGCACCGGCAAAAAUCCUAGGAGGAAAAAGCAUGGACCAUUGAAAGUUUAGCAUUUCAAGAGUGCUAG